AUGCCGAACAACAGCCACAGAGGCUGUAGCAGUAGCGACGACGGCAGCGUGGUGCAUCAUCACCACCACAAGGGUCGCAUGAGAGGUGCCAGCAUAAUAGCCUCAACCAAGAGAACCGGCACCAUGAGACUCGGUCCGACGAUGAACUCAAAGACCACCACGACGACCACGAGAGCACCGCGAGUACCAUCAACACAAAGCAGCUCCACAAACGGCCGCAGCAACGCCCUCGGCAAGGACCAAGACCAGAACAGGAUCGACAAGACUCCAGGCCAUAACAACCAAGACCAGGAGAGCCAGAUCCACGAGAGCCAGAAGCGUGAGAGCUAUAGCCAAGUGCCAGAACCACUAGUGCCAGAACCAAGAAGGGUGAGGCCACAAGAAGCAAGGCCACGAGGACUCGUGGAUGACCAUAACACCACCGAGACCACCAAGUACAGUGAGAACCACCAGCACCGCGGAAACGACCGAGACGGCGAGAAACGUCCACACCGCGAAGACGGCGAAGAGACGACCUGA